AUGAACUACGACACUGCCCCGGCUGAGCUAGGAGGCUCCGGAGCCGGGAUCCAGAACCCCGAGUCUCUGGCCUCUCAGGUCGAAGGUCUUCUCAAGGAGAGCAACACAAGGCCAUUCAAUCCCGCCAAUUGGGCCAACCUUCCGCAAGAUCAAUGGCCGACAGGGGUCUUUGAUGAUUUCCUCAUUGAUCCUGAUAUUGAAAUGGCAAAACAUCGCGCCUCCAUCCCAGGAUCAGAAAGCCUGCUGCAGAAUGCGGCCGUUCCAGGCCUCGAGGUGCCUUCAACGUUCGUGCCGUCGGGGGAGUUGAUGGCGCUUGGAUUAACGGAGCCACUGCCCCCCUUUGAGUUGAUGGAGGAAAUGAACAACACAUACUUUCAGCGUCAGCACCCUUUCCUUCCCAUGAUUCACCCGGGACGGUAUUUCCAGGCCUUUUACUCGGUACCGCAUAAAAGGCCCCCCAUGUGCCUACAGUAUGCCAUCUGGGCGACAGCGUCUAGUGGUCAUGAAAAGUAUUCGCAAUAUCAUGACGUGUUCUACAAGCGUGCCCGACAAUAUGCGGACAAUGAUGAGAUGCGGGGCUAUGGCGAACACUUUGUCACGAUAGCUCACGCCCAGACAUGGGGACUUCUUGCGAUGACCGAGGCGCGCAGCAUGCUUUUCACGAGAGCUGCCAUGAGUUCGGCCAAGGCAGUCCGUCUUGUAGAGAUGAUGGGCCUGCACCGAAUUGACGGUGCUGGACACGACAUGGCUCCUACACUGGCGCCGCCCAAGGACUGGACGGACGUUGAGGAGCGCCGCAGAGUGUUUUGGGGUGUCUUUACGAUUGACUGCCACGCAAGUAUAUCUACUGGGUGGCCGACGUUGAUCGAUCCCCACGAUAUCACAACAAACCUGCCUUCUUCAGAAGAAGCCUUCAACGAGUGCCGCGAGGAGAGGACCUCCAGUCUAGCAGAAGCUUUCUCUGGGGCUUGGUACUCGACGUUCUCGGGCGCGAUCAUCAUAUGCCACAUUUUCAACGAGAUUCUACGCCAUGUUCACCGAACCAAGGCAACAGACCGCCCGGAAGACGUUGAGUUUGGAGGGUUCUGGCACAAACACCGAGAGCUUGAUAACAUAAUCUCCAGUGCAUUCAUGUUCAUGCCCGAAAGGUUCCGCCUACCGAAAAACCUGCGGAACCCGACAGCCGUGCACACCAACCUCAACCUGCAUGCCGGUAUCAUUUGCCUGCACCAUGCCGCCGUCGAGAAGGUGGAAACCUAUAUUUUACCCGAGUCUUUGCGUAUCGCGUCCCAAUCACGAUUGAGAACGGCGGCAGAGGAGAUCGUGAACAUUGUCCGGCUAUCGAGUCAUGUGAGCCCCGGGUUUAAAAGCCCUCUCGCCGCGCUGUCCAUGUACUGUGCCGUAUCAGUCUAUGUCUACAUCGUCAAGAUAAGCCCGCAGUCCGGGCUCUCGCGCACUGAUUUUAAUAACCUUGACUUCUUGAUCAACGCCAUGGAAUCUAUUGCCAAAAACCAUCUCAUCACGCAGGCGUUCCUGCAACAAAUCUGCGCCGACGUCGAGAUGAACGGUCUAGCCUCUGUCAUCAACUUGCCAAGCUUGGCGAACCACAGGAAUGCGUUCGGAUGGUCGUCUCCCAAUGUUCCCCUGCUCGUCAAGAGUUAUCUGACGAAGCACACUGGGAUCCAGCCACCGCUCUCGGGCAGGUUGCCUCCCGGCAACCGCCACCCAUCCAAUGCUUGCCCGGGACAGUCUGGCUCGGGCGUGGAAGAGCUGAAUGAUCCGCCUGGGUUCAGCGAUGUGCUGCCGCAUUCAGCGCAAGACGUGCAGGGCAAGAGGAAGCGGCCGGCACAACCCACACAAUUCCCCGAUGACCCGGGUUCAGAGUACGACAACAUCAACUUCAACGACGUGGGCACCCACGAAUCUUUUAGCAUGUCGGGGCGAGGCAUGUACGGCAGCGGUCUGCUUCGCGCCACGGGUAUCGCACCCCGCGCCAACACAAGGCCAGUCGUCCUGCCGCAUAGGACAAGCACAACGGCAUCACCUUCGAUGUACAAUAUAAGCACACCCUCCCAGGCCACGAGUGGGGAGACGCCUGGCCCGAGCAUGGGAGACCCCUAUGUCCGACAAAGCUUCCUCGGUGCCGGACCCGACGCCGACAAGGGUCAGGCGGAAUACGGCCUGCACGAGCUGCCGCGACUCCAAGAGGAGCUCGAGAAGGAGAUGCUCACCAUAAAAAAUGCCGUGCAAAAUGCGCCGGGGCUGACGCCGAGUCCGACUCCGCACGGCCGACUGACAGGGCCGGCGUCGGGGCCGUCUCCAGACCUCAGCCCCACAACCUAUUCAUCCCUCCCCGAGCGGCCGAGAGCACCACUGCCAGCUUUGCCAUCUCCCCAGAACCCCGAAGGCGAGGCCCGGCUCGCGCCAGCAACAGAGGCCUAUUUGACCCCAACGUCUGAACCUCGCCAGCCCACUCAGCCGAGGGCGCUGGGUUCCAAAGUCCUCCCCGGGGAGGAAGUCGAGUACUACUUUGAUCAAUACUUCAAGCACUUUCACCCCUACUUUCCCAUCGUGCGCAUUCGUGAACCCAACAGGGUUUACGCUGCCAGUCCUAUCCUGUUCUGGACCAUCAUAACCGUCGCCUGUCGCGCCUACGCCUGCGAUGCAGAGCUCUUCUCCUUCCUGGCGCAGAACCUCCCGCGAGAGGUCUGGGCCGUUGCCAUGACGCCGCCCCUCGACCUGCCCGCCAUCAAUGCCCUACUCGUCCUGUCGGCAUGGCCGUUUCCCUCGGCCAACAACUCUAGUGACCCGUCGUCUUCGUAUGUGGCCAUCGCUAUGAACGCUUCUCUCAUGCUGGGUCUGCACACGGGACGGGGCGCCCACAGGGAAUUUACAAAUGUCUACCUCCACAGGCCCGCAACUGACGAGGAAGCUUGUUAUACGUGGACGGGUUACAAUAUUCUCGCGCAAAGGAUCGCCUCGAUAAACGGAUACCCGCCACCAGCAGGCUUCUUCAACGAAGCGGCGAGCAGGGUCUCGGGCGGCCAGCCGCUGCCCGAGACAAUGGGCUACUUCGGGCUCCUCUACGAGGCGCAGAAGUUCUGCAACCGCCUCAGCCGGACCGUGCUCGCCGUCGUCGAGGACGCCGAGGGUGUGCCGGACGCCGUGCUGCGCCUGCUCGAAGACGACUUUGCGCGCGUCAGGGCCGCGCUCGCGCGCCACGAGACGACCGAGCUCGAGCGCUUCACGCUCCUCGCGGCGCAGCUCGAGGUGCAGACGUACGCGCUCGCGCCCGUGGCGGCGACGCCCGCGGCGACGCUCCGGGCCAACGUGAACCGGCUCUACGGCACGGCGCAGCAGGUGGUCGAGGCGGCGGUGCGGCUCGAUGGCGAGGACGGCGAUGCAGGGCGGACGGGGCCGCGGUUCCUCGUGCACGCGCCGUACAACAUUCACCGUACCGUGUUUGAUGCCGUCGCUGUCGUCUUCGAUGCGCUCAUGUCAGGGUUCGCAGACGGGGUGGAGGACCCGGAUGCCGAGGUGCGGGCUGUGCUGGCGGUCGUGGGGCGGUGCGUCGUGCGGGAGGGGGACCUCGCAAGCUGGGUCUUGAGGCUGCUGGAGACGUGCUGGGGGGUGCGCCAUCGGCUGGGCGCGCUGGAGGCGCCGGUGACGGAGUGUCCGAGGCGGGUCGGGGCGCUGGGGGCGUUCGGGUGUGUCAAAAGGUGGAGGAGGCGGCUGGAUGCUUUGAGGACGGAGCGGGAUGCGCAGAUCGGCCAGGGGGGUGAUGAUGCUCCUUCUGUCACCGCCGAGGAUGUUGCGGUUGGAGAUUUGAUGCAGGAUGUCGACUGGGCCAUGUUGAUGGAUGUUAUGGACGAUUUUGACUGGGAAGGGGGCGCAAGAGCGGGCGGCGAGCCGAACCUCUUGAUGCCAGGAUAG